AUUGAGCUUUACGCAAAACUCUUCUGGAAGGAGAGAGAAGGGAGAAUUGCUGGAGCUGGAGGGGGCUAGAGGAGUACCCAGGGAAACUGGAGGCUGUGCCUUACAACACUGUGAUUCAUUUUAUUUUUCUAUUCUAAUAUACUUAUUCCACGUCUUCGCCCCUCCUUUUGGUAGCUGAAGAUGUCUACAGCCCUCGUGUCUCCAACCAUCUUCGAGCUGAGUGAAGUUUUAUGCAAAAGUAACAAGAUGCUGAACUACAGCCCUUCUGGUGUCGGAGGGUGUCUCUUGGACAGAAAGGCAGUGGGAACCCCAGCUGGUGGGGGUUUCCCCAGGAGGCACUCGGUCACCUUGCCCAACUCCAAGUUCCACCAGGCCCAUCUUCUCAGCAGCCUCAAGGGGGAGCCAGCCCCAACUCUUGGGCCCAGGGAGAAUCGCUUCCGGGACCGCUCCUUCUCUGAAGGUGGCGAGCGCUUGCUGCAGCAGAAGCAGCCCAGCGGACAAGUCAACUCGAGUCGCUACAAGACGGAGCUAUGCCGCCCCUUCGAGGAGAACGGGGCCUGCAAAUACGGAGACAAGUGCCAGUUCGCCCACGGCAUCCACGAGCUGCGAAGCCUGACGCGCCACCCCAAGUACAAGACGGAGCUCUGCCGCACUUUCCACACCAUUGGCUUCUGUCCUUACGGGCCUCGCUGCCAUUUCAUCCACAAUGCUGAGGAGCGCCGCGCUGUAGCCAGCGGCCGAGAUCCUGCCAUGGCUGAAAGACCCCGCCUCCAGCACAGCUUCAGCUUCGCAGGCUUCCCAAGUGCCAUUGCUGCCAAUGGGCUGCUGGACAGCCCUACUUCCAUAACCCCUCCGCCCAUCAUGAGUGCUGACGACCUCCUGGGCUCUCCUACUCUGCCUGACUGUGCCAGCAACCCCUUCACCUUCUCCAGCCAGGAGCUGACCAAUCUCUUUGCUCCCAGCAUGGGGGUGCAGAUGCCUGGUGGGGUUUCGCCCACCGCUUUUCUCCUCAGACCCAUGUCGGAGUCCCCCAACAUGUUUGACUCGCCUCCAAGUCCUCAGGACUCUCUCUCCGACCAGGAAGGCUACCUGAGCAGCUCAAGCAGCAGCCACAGCGGCUCUGACUCGCCCAUCCUGGACACCUCGAGACGCCUUCCCAUCUUCAGCAGACUCUCCAUCUCUGACGAGUAACCUGGUGUUGCCUCUCGGCCUCUUCUAGCCUCUCUUCUUACAAUUUUUAAGCUUGUAAUCUCUCCUUCCCACCUCAGCCCCCACCCCCAAAUCUUCUUAACAUCUCUGGGUUAGAUGUUAAUGCAAAGAUAGUCCACUUGCCUAAAGUCCACUCACUGGCUGAAACCACAAGUGCCAAAAUUACAGCAAAAAGUGAUAAUCGUUUACAAAUGUAGUGCCUUUUUUUAACAUGUUCACUGUGACUAUAUUACCUCUCCAGCUGCAGAGGGCACCAGCAGCCUCCACAGAGCUCUGUGCAUUUCCAGAUGUGCAGGGAAUAUCCGGAACCAGCAGCUCUUAUCACUGGCCAUGAUGCAGAAUCUUCUUUUCUUCCCGCCCCCUUUCUCUAGCCAUUGUUUUGUAGACAUAAGGCAUGUGGACGCCUGUUAACAUCCAACCCUUACCACCUUUUAAAGACUAACCUUGCCUGAAUCUACUCAGGUCAGCCAGAAGAACAGCUGAGAAUGGACAGUAGCUGUCACAUGCAUGGGACUUGGUGACUGGAGAGGGAAGCCAGAUGGACAAUGAAAGACUUGCUUUUGGUGCUACAAGUUCCCAGUGUGUACAUGUGACACCUUCAAAAACGAAACAAAAAAAUAAAUGGGGGAGGGGGGGUGUCUAACGGUGUUCAUUCCACACAUGCAAGUUCUGUGUAAACAAAGUUCCAGUAGUCAUAGCUUUAAUGGUUUUGCUCUAGAUUACAAUAGACCUAUCCAUAGAGCACUCACGCCAAGCUUUUUAUUUUUAUUUUCCUGGGUUUUUAAUUUUGUAUAACUUUUCAGAAAUUGGAGAGCAAAUUUUGCUUGUCACUGCACAACAAUAUAAAGCUUAUUUAACUUAUCAAAACGUAUUUAUUGCUGAAACCUAUGCUUUUUUGUUAAUUUUGUUCAUAUUUAUCUGGAUGAAUUCAUAGAAUAUAUUCUUUUAUGUUUAAAUUAUGAUCUUCCAUAUUAAUCUUAAGAUUGUGAAGUCUUUUUCUUUCCCCCUUCCCCACAGUUUAAUAUAUUAUACUACAAUGACAUUUUUUGUAACUUUACACUUUUUUGGUUAUUUUAUUUUUAAAAAAUGAAAAAUUAAUUUAAAAAAAAUGCAACAGCUGUGUUUGGAUUAUUUAUUUUAGAUCGUUCCCCUUUUUGUGUCAGACUGCAAAUUGAGUUUAAUGUGCUUCUUUGCCUCUAUGCCCCAACAAGGCCUUUCCUGGAUGGGAUGAAAUUCUGACCACAUUGCUGUCAUUGAAGGCUUCGUCAAUGACUUCGGUAGGGUCACAAUUUCACUUCUGGCCUCUAGAAUGUAUGCGCACAAGCUGUGCUGUGAGACGAUAAAAUGGAAGACUGCUUGCUUCCUUUUUUGUAAGUACUUAAAGGGAAAAAAAGUCUACCCUUUGGUUUCAAGUGCCUAUCAAAAGACAUUCCAAAUGCAGUUUGUUUUUGCAUUUCUGUAUUCCAAGAAUGGAGUGUUUCCUCAUUUAAGGUAAACUUUACUGGCACAAAGAACACAUUGAAUGUAAUUUUUCCCAUUACUGUUCACUACAUUGCCUUUUUUCUUUCUUCCUUUGUGUGAGUUUAUUUAAAGAAUCUUUUGUAACGACUGUUUGCAGUUUAAAUCAAUAAACCCCAAGUGUUUUUUCAAGAA